UGCAUAGUGCGGCCUUUAUGCGGUGUACGUCACUUGACACGUUUGCAAAUGGCAACACAAAAAGCUUUUGAUCUUCAGUCUGCUUAUUCGGAUUUGAACAAAGCAUGUACGGCUCAAGCGUAUGAGAAGAUUAUUAACAUCUCUGGGAAAAUCCUUGCAAAACAUCCGGAUGAAGUUAAAGCCUUCCAAUGCAAAGUCGUUGCAUACAUUCGUACCGAAAAGUAUGAAGAGUGCUUAAGUUUUUUGAAGAAAAAUUCAUCACUAGUAAAUCAUGUGAUUUUUGAAAAAGCCUAUGUUGAAUAUAGGCUUAAUCGUCUUUCCGAGGCUGCUAAAACUCUUGAAUCAGCAGAUAUUAAUGACCUGAAGGCUCAAGAACUGAAAGCUCAAGUGCUGUAUAGAAAGGGCGAUUUCGCUGGAUCAUACACAUGCCUACGGACAGUGAUUCGGAAUUCUCAGGAUGAGUACAGUGAAGAGCGCCUUACUAACUUAGCAGCAGUGGCUGCGGCUGAAUCAUGCUUUAACAAGUCAUAUUUAGAUCUAGAUGUUAGUCCAGAAAUGUAUGAAGGGAAGUUUAACGUGGCUUGCUAUAAUCUUGGACGUGGUGAUAGUCAACUUGCAUCUCAGUUGUUAGAUGAUGCUGAAAACACAUGCAACCUUAUUUUAUCUGAGGAUCCAGAAGUAACUGAAGAGGAAAAAAAUGAAGAAUUAGCUCCCAUCAGAGUUCAACGAGCAUACAUUUUACAGCUCAAUAAGAAAGAAGAAGAAGCCAAUCAACUUUAUCAGUCGGUGAUUCGACAAAGAGUUUCCGACCCUGCACUUCUUGCUGUAGCUGCAAAUAAUAUUGUUUGUAUCAAUCGUGAUCAAAAUAUAUUCGAUAGUCGUAAACGUAUUAAAAUGGCAUCUACAGACGGUUUACAAUUCAAGCUUUUCCCACAUCAGCGUAAUGAUAUGCUUGUCAAUCAGGCUUUAUUCUACUGGUACACAAAUCAAAUGGAAGCAUGUACAUCCAGACUUCGUGCACUUUUGCAAGAAGAAUCAAAUCCACGUGCAUUACUCCUAUCAGUUGCACAGUUGGUUAAGGAGAAAAACAUAGAUAAAGCAAUAUCCCUUUUAGAAGAUUAUCUAUCCAAAGUUUCUGGUUCAUCUACUGCGAAGGAUAGUGAAAUGAAUGUGGAAGUCCUUUUGGCACUGGCUCAGUUAAAUCUUCGUAAAAUGUCUUCAAGUCACCUGGCGCAUGGUAUUCCUCAUCCUAUGAAUGCUUUAAAUGUAGCUAAAUUGCUGCAAGAUCUUCUUCCAGAGCAUCUUCUUCAUUGCCCAGGAGUUCUGUCUACACGCAUAGCUUUAUAUCUACUAGCAUGUGCUGGUGAUAAUGCCGUACAAACACGUGCAGACAGCAUGAAACAAAUAGUCAGUUGUAUUGAGUCUGCUCUGCAUUUUUAUGAAGAAUCAGAAGAUCGGGGUGAAGUGUACUCACACCUACUGGAUUAUUGUGGAACAUUUUUACUACAACAAGGUGAAGCAAAGCUUGCAGCAGAAUUACUUGAGAAACAGUUAGCUCAACUUGAGCUAGGCACUAAAAACAAGUCAACUGAUAAACAAAGCAGCUUGUUAAAACAAGUACUAGUUGCUAGAUUAGUACGUGCUUAUGCUCAAUUCGAUCGUCCGAAAGCUGAACAAGCCUGUAAAUCUCUACAACCAAAGGAGUCUUUAUCAGAAGCUGAUGUGGAUACACUUGAGACUGCCUUCUUGUAUGGUGCGAAGUCUUUUAAACGUCUUGGUAAAACUAAUGAGCAAACAGAUGCUUCAGAUAAACCCAAAUCGAAACAAAAUCAAGCUAGAAAAGAUGCUUCUGGCAUUCCUUCUCCAGAAAAUGCUCCCGUAGAACAAGUUAAAAAACGAUCUAAACGAAAAAAGAGGAAAAUUCGAUUACCAAAGAACUACCAACCAGGAGUUCUUCCUGAUCCUGAUCGUUGGUUGCCUCGAAGAGAACGCACUCAUUAUCGUGGCAAACGUCGUGACAAGCGCUAUGCGCCUACACGUGGUCCACAGGGUCAAGUAACUGGUGGAAACGAGUGGGAUGCGGCGGCUCGUAGUCCGAAAGUCGUCCAACCCCGUGAAGAUACUUCAGCAGGAUCCACCCCGAAACAACUGUCUGGUGCUGCCAGACAACAGCAACAAAAGAAGGGUCGUAAGAAAGGCCGUUAAUAUCUUUUGUCAAAUGUAAUGUCAACCAUAGAUUCAUAUACAUAUAUAUUCUGUCCAAGUUGUAGUGAUUAACAGAAGUACAUUGUGUACAGUUACUUCAGUAUACUUGUGUACAUUUGCUUCUGCUUUAUCGUAUUUAUAAUUUUCUUUUGAAGCCUCUGUUUCAUCACUUAAAAUAGUUUCGCCUCUCAGUACAGUCUAUUUGCUGUAUUAGGCUGUUUACAUUGAGCUACACUGUGAGCAUAAUCCAAAUAUCGGUUUGUUUGCUCUGCAUAUGUUUAUUUAUUUUGCUUUACUUGUGUAAUAUGGUGUCUUUCCUCUCUUUUGCGUUACGCCUUUUUUGUGAUCACUGUGUAUAUCUUGGGUCAUUUCUAUCUAUCGUGCAUAUAUCAUGCUCUGGUUAAUAAUUGUAUUCGUGUUUUAAAAUGGUUGGGUUUUCAAGGGAUCAGGUAAAUUUUAUGCAUUUUGGAUUUAUCGCGUGACUUAUAAUGUUACCCUG